GGAGAAGGAGGAGGGUUGUUAAAUGACUAUAUAACCUUCACGAACAGCAAAGCAAAUGUUAUUUGUUUCUGUGAGAAGUUAAUUUUUUUUCCCACAUGAAAUAUCAUGAUUUUUUUUUCGCUUUUUAAAAGAGAAAUUAAAAGUUGAAAUUGACAAAGUAAAUUCACGAUAAAUUUCACUUACAAAUAAUUCCAACAUGUUUUAUUCCUUAUGGACUGGUUUUCAUUUUGUACACACUUCUUACACCAAUAGCUAAUUAAAUAAUCGUAAGUUAUUCUAGGCAGUCCAUGGCUGGUCGUGAAAUGACCAUAUUUGAUGUGGAGAAAUACAACGAGAAGAUUGCAGUGACAAGAAAGAAAGCAAGCGGAGCUGUUCUCUCUGCCCACAAUGUGAGCUACACCAUUAAGGUGGCAUCCAGGUUCUGUAGCAGUGAAGAGAAACAAAUUCUAUUUGACGUUACUGCCAUAUUUAAAGCAGGUCUGACAGCUGUCCUUGGACCCACUGGAUCUGGGAAAUCAUCACUUUUAGAUAUACUAGCAGGAAGGAAAGACAAUCAAAGAAUUUCUGGUCAACUUCUGCUCAAUGGGAAACCAGUGCCUACAAAUUUUAAAUGCAUGGUGGGAUAUGUUGUUCAGGAUGACGUAGUGAUGGGCACGCUCUCAGUGAGAGAGAACUUGACAUUCUCUGCUGCACUGAGACUUCGUGCUUCUAUCAAAGCCGCAGAAAGGAAAGAGAGAAUUAACAAGGUUAUUAAAGAACUGGGAUUAGAAAAGUGUGCGGAUACAAAGGUCGGCAAUGACUUCAUCAGAGGUGUGUCAGGAGGGGAGAGGAAAAGGUGCAAUAUUGGAAUGGAACUGAUUAUUUCCCCACAAGUUCUAUUUUUAGACGAGCCAACUACUGGCCUGGAUGCUAAUACAGCAAAAACAGUUCUUUUGUUUUUAAAAAGAUUAGCUCGUCGUGGCAGAACAAUCGUCUUCUCUCUCCACCAGCCCAGGUUUUCAAUCUACAAGAUGUUUGAUACACUUCUGCUUCUCUCUCAAGGUCACACUGUCUAUUUCGGACCUGCCAGGGAUGCUCUACAUUUUUUUUCCAUGCAAGGCUAUAUGUGUGAGAAACACAACAAUCCCCCAGACUUCUUCCUGGAUGUCAUGAAUGGUGAUCUCAGAGCAUACACUUCCAACAAGAAUCUAUUCACUGCUGAAGAUAUGGAUUCUAGUCUGGACAGUAUACAAACCACUUUACAAAGUCCGCACGAGCUGCUGGUAGAUGGCUUUCGGAACUCAGUUUGGAAUUGGAUUCUCCAGCAAGAAGCUCAAGCAAUAUACGCUCUCUAUAAAUCUAAUGAUGGCCUGAAACAUAAAGCUGUUGACUACGCAACUUCUUUUGGUCAUCAGGUGAUUGUUGUUGCCAAGAGAGCUUUACUCAAUUUGAUCAGAAAUCCACAAUUAGCAAUUUUUACAAUUGCAACAUCCGUUAUAUUUUCAGCUGUCCUUGCGGCCAUUUACUGGAAUGUUGGAAGUGAUCCAUCAAAAACUUUCAAAGAUAGAUCUGGAGUUUUAUUUUUCAUGAUUAUGAUCCAAUUGUUUUUCAACUUGUCUGCGGUGGAAGUCUUUAUUCAAGAAAGAAAAAUCUUUAUGCACGAGAACAGCAGUGGCUUCUACCGAGUCUCUGCUUACUUCCUGGUCAAAGUUCUGUUUGAUAUGGUCCCACUCCGACUGGUGCCAGUCCUCAUUCUCUCGUCUACUGUUUAUUUUUCUGUUGGAUUAAACAGCGGAGCAGAGCACUUCUUCCUGUUCACUUUUUGUCUCUUCUGUACAGCCAUGGGGUCGUCUGCUCUGUGUCUUCUGGUCAGUUCCAUUGUCAGUGUGUUCGCAGUGGCGCAAAUUGUACUGGGGAUGUGCUAUGUUCUCAUGAUGCUUUUAGGGGGGUUUCUAAUUAGUUUGAACUCUGUGGGACCUUGGCUGUACUGGGCUCAGUAUUUGAGUUUUUUGAAAUAUGCUCUGUCGGCGCUCUACAUCACUGAAUUCAAAGACAAAUACUUCUGUAAUAACAACAAAACUGUUUGCCACAGUGGUAAUGCUUACCUGGAGGAUCAAGAUAUCAACUACGCAGAUCCUUGGGACUUGUGGCAGAACUUUGUUGCGCUACUACUCUACACUGUCUGUUUAUUACUGUUUGCCUAUCUUCAGUUAAGAAUCAUGAAAAAAACUUCUUGAAAUGUGUUUAUUUGUUUCAUUCAUGUUGAAGACAAAUUUCAGAUGCAAACAGAUUCACUGCAGAAAUACUAAAGCGUUGAAAUGAGAAUUAUUGGUUGAUUUUGUCCAUUGUUGAAUGUGUAACACGUCUUGUUCAUUGUGUGAAUGAUUCAAUAAGGUCUGCAGAGUCUACAUUGUAUUCAAAACAUAGGAACGUUAGUUGGACUGGUUCAAAUAAUGGAGUGAAUUACAAACAAAUAGACACAAUUGUGACACAGGAAAUGAUUGUCAGAGUGAAAAUGAAACAGUUUAGAAGCUGAAAUAAUUGUAUAAUGUGAAGUCAAACCAGAGAAAUGUGCACAGUAAGGUUACACUAAACAGAGAAAUGUGCACAGUAAGGUUACACUAAACAGAGAAAUGUGCACAGUAAGGUUACACUAAACAGGAAAAAUAUAAAUAAUAUUUUUGAAAUCAAGAAAAACAUUAAAAAUACUUAAAACACAAAGCUUAUAUUAAGCGUAAUUGUAUCAAUCAGAAAUAUUUUUACUUUUUGAUUUUGUUUAGCGCUAUUUCAUUUCAUGUCGUUAGCUUUCUCUAUGCGCUAGGAUCCUAUCAAUGUCUGGAUAAUUGACUUUUCAAUGUCAAAUGAAAGUGUUCCUGUUGA